AUGUCUCCGUGGAAUAACAUACGGCAUCCGAAAAUAUCAACUAGUUAUAGUCCGUUUUGUCGUCGUGUGAGAGAUCAGCGUGUACUCCAGAGAGGCAUAGAUUCUCAAGGCAAGCUGGAGAUGAUGAGAAGAAUUCAACAAUAUAACUCUCAUAAUCUGCCUUUGAAAAGAGGGGCAUGGAGUCCCGAAGAAGAUCAGAAGUUGAUAGCUUAUAUUAACAGACAUGGCAUUUGGAACUGGAUUGAAAUACCAAAAGCUGCUGGUUUGUUAAGAUCAGGAAAGAGUUGCAGGCUUCGUUGGAUGAACUACUUAAGGCCGGAUAUAAAGCGUGGAAACUUCAGCAUGGAAGAAGUGGAAACCAUACUCAUGCUCCAUCAAAAGAUUGGAAAUAGAAGGUGUGCAAUUUUCAAGGACAAGGCCCUCGACCUCAAGAGAACUGAGAUAAUUCCUGUUGAUGCACCAGCCAUAUGGUCUGCGAUUGCAGCAAAAUUACCUGGAAGAACAGAUAAUGAGAUAAAAAAUUUCUGGAACACCAACUUGAAGAAAAAUUACUUGAAGAACAGUAUUAAUAUUGCAGUGCAAGCUCCUGAUAACCCUCAAGAAACACAAACAUCCAAAGUGGAAUCCAAGAAAAGAAAAUUACCUGAAAUUGAUGUUCCUCUUCCCACUGCGCCAAAAAUAUUGAAGUCAGAGGAAUCCGAUGGCUCACCAAAGCUGCCGACAGCUAAUUUUUCUUCAAGCUUUAAUCUUGUGAAUGAUCUCAUAAUCAAUGAAAAUCAGACCAUAGAAGAUAAGGUUGGAUUGCUUGAAUUAACUGGAGAACAAUGUUUCUGGUGUCAGCCAUUUUCAACCGAAGGUCAAAAGUGCAAGGUGGAGGAUUAUGGAGAUACACCCACCGUUGAAAUGUGGGUCCAAGAACUAUUGCAUGGAGAUGCAUGCACAGGAUUAUGA